GUACGGAACGAUCCGUGACUGCUACAGAGAGUAUCCAAAAUCAUGGUGAAAAUCUUGUGUUCUUAACGUUAUCUGUCUUCCAGGUAGAGUCAGUAAAUUUUUUUCGCAGACUGAUGAUUUUUUUAAAAAAAAUUUUGCUAGGCAUCCACAUUAUUCAGUAUUUCGCAAGAAUCGAAUCAUUCAAUAGGUUAUAUUCACUGGGGAAGUAGAUGUUUGUGAAAAUGGCUCCACUGUGAGCGUGUUAUAUUGGCGGGAAUAGGCUGGCAUUCGCAUUGUAGGAGUGAAAUGUUAGAGAUAUUGUUAUGUAUCUGUAGUUCCGUUUAUUUCUUGGAGCAAGGUGUAUGGCUGUGAUGUUCAGACAGGAAUAUUGCCGAAAUUUCUAGAUAUAUUUGUGUAAAUAUGAGUAUACGCACAAGAAAUAUUGAGACUUCUCAGUCUACAAUGUAUGUAGAUGUGCAUUCAUUUUUUUACGACUCGCAAUUUAAUACCACGUCCCAUGAAAAAUUACUCAAGAAAAUGAAACAGCAAUUCGUAAAGGAACCAUUGGAAAGAUUUUUUAAGAACUAUGUCAACUGCCUCGGAUCCCUGUUUCUUAUUGGAGAAAAACACACUACAGUGGAACGAACUCUUGAGUUUGCAGCCAAAUUCUGUGUUUCUUUGUAUGAUGGCCAGGUUAAUAAUGAAGAUACUCUAAGUGAAAAUGAUGAGAUGCCUCCUUUUCUAACACUGUUGUUUGAUUAUCUGCUUAAGCUUCAUAAAACCAGGAACCAGAAUAUUCGGUUUAGAGUUUGCCAGUUUAUCAAUAAACUGUUAAGCAGUUUAGGAGAAGAAGCAUCCCUUGAUGAUGAUCUGUGCAACAGAAUCUGUACAAAUAUGCUGGAGCGACUUCGGGAUAAAGUUGCAGCUGUUCGAGCCCAGGCUGUUAUGGCUUUACAGCGUCUUCAGGAUCCUACCAACCAUAAGUGUCCAGUUAUUAAAGCAUAUCUUUUCCACCUGGAAGCUGACCCAAGUGCGGCUGUACGGCGCUCAGUAUUGAACUGCAUAGGGCGUACCAAUAUUACUCUUCCUCUUAUUCUGGAACGGACACGUGACAUAAAGGACACGGUACGACGCCAUGCGUAUGUCGUUCUCGUGAAACUAAGUAUUCGUUCUCUUACUAUCAAGCAGCGGGAGAGAUUGUUACGUGAAGGACUAAAGGAUCGAUCAGAACUUGUGAGAAGUUUUGUUGCAACUGCAUUGUUACCUGGUUGGCUCCGCAACAUGAAAGGUGACUACCUGGAACUUCUGCAUGCUUUAGAUGUGGAAAAUUCAACAGAAACAUCUAUAUUGGCUCUCAACACCCUGUUCAAGCAUCAGCCAUUGACAGAAGUAAAGGGCAGUUUGCUUCCUUAUCAAGAAGAUAAAGUAAUUCCUCUUGAAAAACUGACACCUGAAAAUGCACUUUUUUGGCGAUGUUUGGCCCAGUAUCUUCAUAGACAAGGGGAAGAAAUGGUCGAAGAACUUGAUUCAGUAAUACCAAAUCUAACACCAUUCUGCCAAUACAUUAGAAGGUAUUACCUUUCAGAAGGUCCAAAAAAUGAUGAAGAUUCUUGGUCUCAAAUCCAGCGCCAGUUUAUAGUACUUCAGUUGCUAGAGUUGUCUGAAGUGUUCGAUCUGGCAGAUGAAAUGGGAAGAUCAAAUUUGAAGAAACUGAUAUAUGAUAUGCUGACAUGUACCCAUGUGAAGAAAGAUCUGGUAAAAAUACUUGUGCGGGUCCUUGUUGGUGUAGAUCCAAAUGUCAACUCCAGGCUUCAUUUCUUGGCAGAGAUUGUAUCAGAAGUCCAUGAACCUAUGACUGAGGUUUCUGUGGACUUGCCUGCUGACGAAAUACGAAAGAAACAGUUGAUGCAAGCAAAGGUCCGAGUUCAGUUGAAUGAAGUUGUUGAAGAGCAACAAGAAGCAGUUCAACAUCAAGACUUCAUGCAAGCGCAGGUGCUGUUGGAAAAGAUGAAGGAAUUACAGGAAGAACUGCAGAGACUGAAUGUAGAACCAAGUGUUGUUCAUGAACAGGUACGGGAGCAACACAAUGAUCGUGCGACAUUAUCCAAGUGUCUUUGCAUUAUAUAUGAAAUGAUGCAGUCCGAGACGGUGACUGUCCUUACUCCCCACCUGCGAACAAUAAUGGAAAACUUUGUAUUGCAUUACAUUGAGGACUCUGAUACAUAUAUUCGAUCACUAGCGCUUCAAACAGUUGGAACAUUUUGUUUUUUUGAUCAGGACCUGGCAAAGAAAUUCAUACUUGUGUUCUGUUUUCAGCUUGCUAAUGGUGAAAAUGACGAGGUGUGUACGAUUAGUCUGAAGGUCAUAUUUGAUCUCUUCUUGCUGUAUGGCCUACAACCAUUCCAAAUUGAAGAUGACGUGGAUGAUGAUAAUGAUAAGACUGGCAGGAAAAAGUUGUUUGAUGCAACAGACCUUGAGGAUGCUGGUGAAGAUGAUAUCACUACAUCCAAAAAUACAGAUUUAUUACCAGUGAAUGAUGCCAGCGACAACUUCAUAAGGAUACUCACAAGUCUACUUGAUAGCACGUCAGCUGGUAUGCGUACAGUGGCUGUGGAAGGUCUUUGCAAGCUCAUUCUAAAUAACAGAAUCAAGUCACCAAACCUCGUGUCUCGUCUGCUUAUCAUGUGGUACAACCCUGUUACAGAAGGAGAUGUAUACCUGAGACAGAUGCUUGGCGAAUUCUUCACAACAUUAGCGUUUGGCAAUCAGUAUGGACAAGAAACACUGGAGCAAGCGUUCUUACCAACACUUCGAACAUUAUUUCAAGCUCCGUGUACCAGUCCUUUGGUGGAGGUUGACCAAGACAGUGUCGUCCGUUUAGUGUUGAAUCUCACCCGACCUAAUCUUAACAAGAGCAGCGUACAUAACAACUUCGCUAUUGUCCUUUGCAAUGAAGUGCUGCUGGAUACAGACCCAUACAAUAUUCAGGUACUUGUGAGAGCUCUCACUCAACUCGAACUCAUCCUGGAUGAUGAAAUUGUGCUUCAGAACAUCAGCACAGUGGCAGAGAAAGUUGCUGAGCAUGUUAAAGAUAAGGCAUGUCUCCGUUAUGUACGGAAGUUCCAGAAUAUGCUUACUUCAAGUAAAUUUAGCUUGACAACUUGUAUGACUGGUACCGUGCGGACAACAGAUGGUUCCUCUGUCCUCACAAAUGUGGAACAGCAGGCUACUGAUAGUGCUGAGGGAGUCAGUUGUGUGUCAAAGGACACCCUGGUAAAUCCUGAACCUAUAGAAUCAGACAGCAGUGAUUCUGACGAGAAUUUACAGAUCAAUACUACUCCUUCCAUUAGAAGUAAAAUGGUGGUGCCAGAGACUCCUGAUAACAGUGACUCUCCUGUUUCUGAGAUGUCAUCUGAUACAUACUCAUCAGACAUUGCCCAACUUGAUGGUGAAGUUCCAUCACAAAUACCAAGUAGCAGGCCUGCACAGAUGAGGCGCAGUGGUCGUUUGGCGAACAAGAAUGUCCGGGAAAAUAGUAACUGAAAUAUGUUUGGAUCUGGAAAUCAUUUUCAUUUUCACGUGGUCUUGGUUUAAAUUGUAUCCUUCCACCAGGCUCCACCAUAGGUAGCUGUACCCAGUCUGUAGCCAUGACCAACAGGAGCGUUUCUGUCACGAUGACACUACACCAGACCUGUGCUAAGUAAGGUUUUAAUUAAUAAAACAAGUUAUUGAUCAUGUUACUCAUUGUGGCUAGGUUCAAGGAAAGAUAUAACUUAUCUGUAUGUGGUAUCACUGCCCUAACUUGGUAAUUAAUAAAUGUGGACCCCGUGAUGAAACAAUAAGAAAAGGUCAUGUCAGGCGCUUUGUUAUCUCAUGUACUUCUUUUGCAACUGAUUGUAUUACAUUGGUAGCCUUGAUCGUGCUUCACUUAUUGUCAAAGAUCUUGAGAUUCGUGCAAUUACAAAAACAUUUCCAAAAUAUGUUUACUCUAGCUGU